AUGAAUUCAUAUAUAUUUAAUAAUUUGAUCAACUUCUCAGGAAAAAAUGGUUCUAUAGCUGAAAAAUUGGAGAUAAUGAAAAUAGCUAUAGGUGCUUGUGGAGGAAUCACUACAUCACAGCUGGUACAACUGAUGCAAUUUCUUCCCUCCGAUGAUGAUAAACUUGAACUGGCAAAAACGGCGUAUGGUUAUGUACGUGAUCCAGAUUCUUAUUAUACGAAUGUUGGUGAAGCAUUUUCGUAUGAUGAUACUCAAGCGCAAUUACAUGCAUAUAUUCAUCGUUAUUGA